UAUUAAAGGAAGUGAAAUCCAGCUCUAAUAACAAUGUGGCUUAUCUCAAUGGUAUGGAAACAAGACUUAUAAAUAAAUCAAUAAGAAAUACAGAUGCUAUCAACCGACAUGUAACUGAAGAAACAAACUAUUGUGCAGCACAAGCGCAACAAGCGCUCUCAGAAAAGAUACAAAAUACGGAAGAAAACUUACAGAAAGAGUUGAAAGAAGUGAAAAAAUCUCAGGAAAACAGUUAUCAAAAGAUUGGAACCGAACUGCUUGAGACAAGAUCAGGUAUCAAGGAGGUACAGGAAAACCAAGAAAAAACACAAGUUACGCUGGUAGAAAUGUCACGAACAAUAAAGAAAUUAGAGAUGCAUGUGAAGUAUGACAGACCUAACGUACUUAUUCCAGAGGAAGCAUGUUCAGAUGCAAUGGAACGUCCUGUCCUGUGGCAAAUAGCAACUCCUGAGCACUGGAACCUCGAAGCUGUAGAAGCAACUCUACGAAGUCCAUCACAGAAAGCUGAACCGUUCAAGAUAAAGUUUGUGAAGAAAGGCUCCUUGAUUAUGUUGACAACAAUAGCAGCAAGUGUACUUGGUGAUUCUAAAGAAUUCGAAACUGCUGUCAUGUCAUUCCUUACAAAAAUGAUUGAAGACUGUGGUAUCAACACAGAAAUACCUAGCCGAGUUGACGUUAAGCUUCAUAUAUUGAAUGCUAAUGAAGUGUCUAUAAGUUGUGAACUUCCACUAGGAGUACGGCAUGAACAGACUUCAGAAACUAAAUCAAUGAGUAAAGAUUCACCAUGUUCAUGA